CGCAUGAAUCAACCUCUACGAUGGUGGACUGAUCGUGUGCGAGGAACGUGCAACGUGAUUUGCCUCCACCUGAAAAGCAAAAGGAAUGAUUGGAGCUUAGUCAAAAACUUUCUAUCUUCUCGGCUGAAGCAGAUAUGGAGAGGAUUGUUCAUUCGAAGGUCCUGGCUGUAUACUCUGAAAAGCCCGAACAGGUGGUCGAGUUGGGCCAAACAACAGAGUCCUUUAUUAGAUGGGAGUGAAACGUAUCUGGAGUUGGUGAGAUGGCUUGAUGAAGGCCGAAAGAGCUCCUUAUUCUCAGUUUCUUGUGACUUCUUUUUAUUCUCUACAUCUUCCAAUGCUUUUACUAUAAAGUCUCGUAUUGUUACUGCUGGUAUUUCAUCCCGCUUUCAGGCUGAGCUGGUUUCACGAAUUUUCGUACCCUCUCCUUUAAGAUUGUUUUUCGCUUUUCUAAAGAAGGAGGACUAUGUGCUAUUUCAGAUGAGGAAGUCUGAACUUCCGGAUGCAAUGGACUUCUCCAUGUAA